CACUAUUCCAACAUUGAGGGGCCAUACGGACUUUUCCUCUCUGCACACCAGGACCAGCCACUGUUGAAGCAUGAGCUCCCAGCAGCAGAAGCAGCCCUGCGCCCCACCCCCUCAGCUCCAGCAGCAGCAGGUGAAACAGCCUUGCCAGCCUCCACCCCAGGAGCCAUGUAUCCCCAAAACCAAGGAGCCUUGCCACCCCAAAGUGCCUGAGCCCUGCCAGCCCAAGGUUCAAGAGCCCUGUCAACCCAAGCUGCCUGAGCCCUGCCCUCCAACAGUCACUCCAGCACCAGCCCAGCAGAAGACCACACAGAAGUAAUGUGGUCCACAGCCAUGCCCUGGAGGAGCCGGCCACCAGAUGCUGACUCCUCUAACCCACUCUGCUUAUGAGUCCCAUUUGCCUUGCAAUUAGCAUUCUGUCUCCCCGAAAAAAAAGAAUGUGCUAUGCCGCUUUCUUUCCAGCACACUCUGAGUCUCUGAAUGAAGCUGAAGGUCUUAAUACCAGAGCUAGUUUUCAGCUGCUCAGAAUUCAUCUGAAGAGAGGCUUAAGAUGAACGCAAAUGAUUCAGCUCCUUUAUAGCCCCAUUAAAUUCACUUUCAAUUCCA